AUGAGAAAAUACUCGUCUUGCUCAUCGUUAUUACAACGAAUUCGUGAUCAACAUCUUCGAGAUGCUUGGAAUACGCAAAUUGAAUAUAUUCAAAAGGCAUGGAUCACUUUAUUCUUUUAUUUUGUUGUACUGUUGAUAUUCCAAUGUCAUAAUCGAGUAUACAAUGCAUGGGAAGGUCCAUUUCCAAUGGAUCUCUAUCAAUUUCGAAAUCAUUUAAAUAUGAACUAUAACUUGUUCGGUUUUAAAUCAUUUUUUUCAUUUCGUUGGUUUCUUUUUCAACCUGAAUAUAUUCAAAUUGAAUUGGGUAAAAAUGUAAUUGAUCAAAGUAUCGAGAAUACAUUUCGAGUGUUUUAUGGUCAUUAUUCAUACGGAAAAUUAUUAUAUACAUUUAAUCGAGUCGUAGAACCAAUGAUUGAUACAUCACACAUGCCAUUGUUUAUUAAAUUUUAUGCAUAUAAACAAUCAUAUCCUCAAAUACAUUAUCCAUAUCGUUUUCAAUCACUUAAUAUCAAUACACUACGAUGUAUUGGCAAACAACUUGGAAUUUCGUCAAGAGAAUUCAUACAUUGGUCCGAAAAAUCAAUAUGUAGUGAAAAGAUUGAACAAAUCUAUAAACAAAAUCCAAAUCCUCCAUUCAUUAUUAUUCCUAUCGAUAUUAUUAGUAACGUCAGAUUGGAUUACAUUGUGCUUGAAAAUAAUAAUCGCAUUCAAUACAUUUAUUUUCCUACACGUAUAUAUAAUAGUCGUUUCAAUCCGGCUCAUUGGUUACAUCAACGAUUGAUGAUUUUAAAUUAUCGAUAUCGAUAUAAUUGGGAACAACAAGAACAAUUACGUUAUGAACAAGAAACUCAACGCGCUCAAGGAGAAGAACAACGACGUCGUCUGGAACUUAUCAUUGAAGAAGAAGUUCAACAUCAACAGCAUGUCUAUGGACACGACAUCAAUCGAAUAUUGCAAGGCAUACGAUCAGCAUCGCCUCGUUUCAUUGCACAAUUUCGUUUGAAUGGUUGGCAAAUAGUCAGUCAUGAUCUCCUUGAUAAUAGAUGUAGUAUUUGUCUCGAAGAUUUACAAUUAAAUCAACGUAUUGCUCGAUGGCCUUGUCAAGCUAGGCAUACAUUUCAUUUCGAUUGUAUGUUAGAUGUUUUACGAGCAGGAAAUACAUGUCCAUUAUGUCGACAUCCUGUUCAAGCAGCAGAUUUACCUAAUGCAGAAGCUGUUGUUUGGCUCCUCUUAAGAACAAUGAUGCCUAAUGCAUCCACUUGA